AUGAGAGUCUCAACAGCCCCCCUCUUCCGCACCAGCCUCCGCCCUGCCUUCGGACAAGCCCACUGCAUCCGGCCUAUCCAAAGCAGGCUCGCCACCACCAGCUCGGGCGCCGGUCCGGAGCGGGAAGUAGGGCAUAAGGGAACUGCCAAGGAGUACAACAAGGACGGCACAAACCCCAACAAGAAUGUCAUGUACGCAGGCCUCGCCGCGCUCGGACUCGGGGGAGUAUAUGCCAUGUUUAUGGCGCGGCCGGAGAAAGUUGGAGAGAAGGCCAAGGCAAAUUCACCCGCGGCUCGUUGA